AAGAAAAAGUAAAAAAAGAAAAACUCUUGUUUCAUGGAGCGUGCGAGGAAGGUGGCUAACAGGGCAAUCCUGAAACGCUUGGUUAAUGAAUCCAAGCAAUCACGCAAUGGUGAAAUAAACAGUAGAUCACCAGUUUCGUACACUCCUUCAAGGUAUGUGUCUUCACUGUCACCAUUUGGUUCUAAGAAUUAUAGCCGAACAGAUUUAUUAGGUGGUAGAAAUGUGUCGAACCAUGUUGGUUUCGGUGCUGGGUCACAAAUUCGAUCCAUUUCUGUUGAGGCGUUGAAAUCAAGUGAUACUUUUCCCCGCCGUCAUAACUCUGCUACCCCCGAGGAGCAGACCAAGAUGGCCGAGUCAUGUGGAUUUAAUAGCCUUGAUGCUCUCAUCGAUGCAACUGCCUAAGGCUAUACGCCUUGAUUCCAUGAAGUUUUCCAAGUU